AUGGAUCCGAAUCCGACGCCGAAGCCGAAGAUCUGUAUCUACGGUGCCGGGGCGAUUGGAUGCCACCUCGCCGGCCACCUUGCUCGCACAGGCAAAGCGGUAGUGUCGGUGGUGGCCCAGCCGCACUCGCGAACCGUUUCAGCCAUCUCGCAAAACGGGAUCCGAGUGAUCACGCCUCGGGAGGAUUUCACCGCGCGCGUGCAAGCGGUGGGCAGCAGCGACAGCGACAUAGCGGCGCUCGGGAUCCAGGACUAUGUGAUCAUCACGCUGAAGAUCCAACAGCAGACGGCGGCGGUGUUGAGGACGAUUUCGCAGCUGGUCGGGCCCAACACCACGAUCCUGCCGCCGUCGACCGGCAUCCCCUACUACUUCUUCCACGGGUUCGCGGGCGCGCACGACGACGAGCGACUGCCGGAGAUCGACCCGGACGGCGUGGCGUGGCAGGUCCUGCCGCCCAGCCAGGUCAUCCCCGUGGUGUUCUGGUGCGGCGCCCACCGGCUCGCUCCGAACGUGACGCAGCAAGACGGCAGCAGCGCCCGCUACGCCGUGGGCGAGCUGGCCGGCCACAGCGGCGACUCGAAACGCCUGACCGCGCUGGUCGAGCUGAUGCAGGCCGGCGGCCUGGACAUCACCGUGACUGACAACAUCCGCGGCGAGAUCUGGACCAAGUUCGCCAACAGCCUGUGCGGGAAUCCUAUCGCCGUGCUGACCUUGGCCGACAUGAGCGGCUUCGCCACCGAGCCCGCCGUCGUCGCCGUCUUCGCCGCCAUGCUGCGCGAGGUUGACGCCGUCGGCGCCGCCUUGUCCGUCCACGUGCCUCAGUCCGUCGAGGACCGCCUCGCCUUCACCCUCAGCACCGGCCACCACCAGUUCUCCAUGUUGCAGGACUUGGAGGCCGGCCACCCACUCGAGCUCGACUCCUUUAUCCGCUCCUGGGACGCUGUCAAACGUCUGGCUGGCUCCGGCUCCGGCUCUGGCCCCAGCACCCCGACCUGUGAUGUCGUGCUGCCGCUGGCCGAAUUGAGGAACCGUCGCUAUGAGGAACAACUGCAACAGCAACAGCAAUAG